CAUACCCCCUCUGCUCUGUCUCUCUCUCUCUCUCUCUCUCUCUCUUGUAGACUCUAUCUUAUACUUUAAUUCUUUCUCCAUCUCACAAAAGCUUCUCUCUCUCUCUCUCUAACCAUUCGAGGAAGAAGAAGAAGAAGAAGAAUGGAGAGGCAGAACCACCCUGGGGGAAUCUCCUUUCACAACUGAAAGUAAAAAGGGGAGAAUAAGAGAGAACUCAUGGAUUCUUCGUAGGUAACUUUGUGCGUUGCAAAGUUUGGGGGACUUGGUGGGUAAUGUGGACAGCCCUCUCUGCUUGUUUCUUCAUACACUAUGGCCUCGGAUUCUUCUACUCAAGGACUUGCACAGGAUCUGUCAAAUUGCAGUAACUUGAGUAUAGACAAAAAGAGAAAACUUGUUCAUGAAAUAUCAAAAUGGUCACAGGGUGCUUCUGAAGUGCUACAGGCAUGGAGUCGUCAGGAGAUUUUACAAAUUCUAUGUGUAGAGAUGGGGAAAGAAAGGAAAUAUACUGGCUUGACAAAAGUGAAAAUAAUAGAGCACCUUCUGAAAGUUGUGGCUGAAAACAAAUCAGGAGGAGGUGAUGUUGUAGCUGGCGUUAAACCACAGUCAUCCUCUGCAUCUGGCCAAAGAAUUACCAAAAGGCAGAGGAAAACUGAGAAUCCAUCUCGACUAUCUGUUCCAGAAAACAAUUCUCCCAUCAAUAGUAGUGGUUGCGAAUUAGCGAAUACUAUAUUCUGCAAAAACUCAGCUUGCAGAGCUUCCUUAAAUCGAGAAGAUGCAUUUUGCAAGAGGUGUUCGUGUUGCAUAUGUUAUCAGUAUGAUGAUAACAAGGAUCCUAGCCUAUGGUUGGUUUGCAGCUCGGAUCCUCCAUUCCAGGGUAAAUCAUGUGGCAUGUCGUGCCACCUUGAUUGUGCUUUUAAACAUGAAAGUUCUGGUAUUGGAAAAGAGGGACAAUGCAUGGGACUUGAUGGAAGCUUUUAUUGUGUGUCUUGUGGUAAAGUGAAUGAUUUGCUCGGAUCCUGGCGAAAACAACUAGUGAUAGCAAAGGAUACCAGACGGGUGGACAUACUGUGCUAUCGUGUGUCCUUGAGUCAUAAGUUUCUCAAAGGAACUGUGAAGUAUCAAAAGCUUCACGAGAUUGUAGAUGAAGCUGUGAAGAAGCUUGAAGCUGAAGUGGGUCUGUUAACUGGCUUACCCAAUAAGAUGGGUCGUGGUAUUGUUAAUAGGCUUUCUUCUGGACCAGAGGUUCAGAGACUUUGUGCAUUUGCUGUGGACUCCCUUGAUUCAUCAGUUUCCAAUGCAACGUUCCAUCCAUUGCCCAAGCCUGAAAUACAAGAUUUAGAUUUGAUUGAUCCAGAUAUGAUCAGAUUUGAGGACAUCCAUGCUACAUCCCUCAACGUGAUUUUGGGUUCUGUAGAUCCUACCCCCGAAAGCUUGGUUGGUUACAGGUUAUGGCAUCGUAAGGCUCAAGAUAUGAGUUAUCCAGCAGAGCCAACAUGCACAUUGUUACCACCAAAGACAAAGUUUAUUGUCACAGGACUAAUUCCAGCUACAGAAUACUGCUUUAAAGUCACUUCAUUUGAUGGUUCAAGACAUCUGGGCAUGUGUGAAGUUCAGAUCUCCACAAGUACUGCUGGGGAUGAAGUUGCAAAUUGUUCAGUCACAGAGCGAAGUCAAAGCCCAGCUACCAACUAUAGUGGCCUUUCUAAUCCAUCUUCAGUGGAAGAUGAAACUAAUAACAUUACUCCCUAUAGUGAUCAAGCUGAUAACCGAGCAGACACUUACCGUAAUCAAUGCGAGGACACUGAAAAGUCUACUUCUGCUAAUUUGUCAAAUGGUGCUAUCACCUGCAAUAGCAUCGGCAGAGGACCUACAGAAGCCAAUACAGUUUCUUUGCUGGAUGAGGAACAUGCGGCCUCCAUAUCCAAUUUCGACAUCCUAAAACCUGAGUGCAAGCAAUCACCCGAAUGUCAAAUUAUUGAAGACAUCAGUACUGGUAAUGGGUCCAAUUCCCCUGUUCGAACUGGAAUGGAAUGUGUGCCCUUUGUUAAUAGCUCAGAAGCUUGCUUGCCCAUCACUCCAUGCAAAUUGGAAACACUUAAAGAUGGGUUAGGAAGGAACGCAAGAUCCAAUUCCAGCUGCAAGGAUUUGAAAAAUGGGGCUGGGAAAGGGGAGGAACCCCAAGAUGGCAGUACGUCAAAGAAGAGAAGUGGGGAAAGGCAAGACGAGAAGUGUGUGGCAAAUGGUGUUUCGGAUAGGGAUUUCGAGUACUAUGUGAAGGUUAUCAGAUGGUUAGAAUGUGAGGGACAUAUCGAGCAGAACUUUAGACAAAAAUUUCUGACUUGGUAUAGCUUGAGAGCAACCCCACAGGAGGUAAGGAUUGUGAAGGUGUUUGUGGAUACCUUUAUUGAAGAUCCAGCAUCUCUUGCCGGGCAACUUAUAGACACCUUUGCAGAAAGCAUUUCAAGCAAGAAGUCAUCUGUUGUGCCAAGUGGGUUCUGCAUGAAACUUUGGCAUUGACCAUCUUCUUAAGGUUAUUGUCGAGUUUUAUGAGGGUCCAAGGGACAUAUCAAACAAACUUCAGGCAGAAAUUAUUGAUUUGGUGUAGCUUAAGUGCAACCCACAAGAGGUAAUGGUUGUUAUGGUGUUUGUAAAUACCUUAUCAAAGUUCUAGCUCCUGGUGAAAAACAACUUGUUGACACCUUGUCAGAAAGCAUUUCAAGCAAGAAGUCUUUUGUUGUUCCAAGUGGGUUCUGCAUGAAGCUUUGGCAUUGACUCUACGAGGUUAUUGCUGUAAAUUUCUAAGAAGUUUUUUCAUUCUAAGCCUAUUCAGGGUUUUAUUCAGAAGUAAGUCUUCAGAGCUCCCAACUCCUUUUACAUAGUCUAUCAUCAUUUAUCAUCAUCCCCAUUUGCCCAUUCUUAUUAUAAGAAUGUCAGAAUUCAAUUCUUAUUAUAAUUUAAUUUCUUCUUCAUUCAUUAA